UGGCCUAGGAAGCAUCUCCUUCAAAAAUUCUGAGUGUGGUCAGUAGCAGACUCAACAAGGAGGUCAAGCGAUGAUGGCGGAAAUUGUGGAUGUUAGGGCUGUUAAAACGUACAAACCUCGCUUACCUUUACAUGGUCGUGACUUUAAAAAAUUAUAUCAGUUCGAAGAAGCAAAUAUUUUUAGUUGAGAAUGAGGAAACUCGAGGAGGAGCACCUUCAUGUAUUCAUAAAAUGAAGAUAUGUCUACGCUGUCUCGGUGACCCUGGAUAUCAACAAGGUAUUGGUCAGGAACUUGGUGUUGUCAAGCAACGGUAUCUCGGACUGUGGAUAGAGUUGUGAACAGCAUAGUUGCAUAGUCGAACGAAUGGAUCAAGUUUCCAACUACCAACCGUGAACUGAUGGAGGUCAAGCAGAU